AUGGCUUCCCAGCAGACGCAGGAGGAAGCGGCGGCGGCGGCGCCAUCUGCAGCUCCCGUCGCUGUCCCUGCUGCCACCACCACUGCUAUUGUCGUCCAGCCCCCAAAACCCAAGCCGGCUAAAGCUCCAGAGGCAGACGAGUUGCCUGAUGUGAUCACAACUCCUGUUGGCGACAUGUGGCCGCGGCCCUACUUCUUUGAAGGCGGCUUUCGCCGAGUUGCUCCUUAUCACUUCACCUACCGCACCAACGCCAAGCAACGUUGGCGUGGCCGGAAGCUAAUCGACAUUUACGAAGAUGAAUUCAGAGACCGCACGGUAGAGUACUAUCGUUGGGCAAUGGAGACCGGGCGAAUUGUCGUCAAUGGAAAAGCUGUCGGCCCGGAUCACUUGGUUAAGAACGGCGACGUGGUGAACCACACCAUUCAUCGUCAUGAACCCCCUGUCACAGCUGAGCCAAUCCGUGUUAUUCACGAAGAUGAUGACAUGAUUGUUGUCAACAAACCCUCUGGCGUGCCGGUGCACCCUGCUGGAAGGUACAUGUACAACUCGCUCAUCGAGAUCAUGAAGUCUGAGAGAGGCGAGCACUUUGUACCUUACCCGUGCCAUCGCCUAGACCGCCUCACCAGUGGCCUCAUGUUCAUCGGGAAAAACCAGCCCGCUGCCGUCCGACUCUCCGACCAGAUUGUAGCCCGCACGGUACGCAAGGAAUACCUGGCACGUGUAAUUGGAAAGUUUCCCGAUGGCGACGUUGUCUGCGACCAGCCUGUCCUUCAGAUAUCCCCGAGACUUGGACUCAACAGAGUUCGUGCCAAUGGCAAGUCGGCACGGACCGUCUUCAAGCGUCUUGCAUACUACUCGCCCGAAAACCCAAGUGCUACGACGACCACCGAGGAUCGACCAAAAACGCCGGAAGAGCUCGAGGCAGAAAGGCAUCGACCUUGGCUCAACAAGGAAGGCUAUUCAAUCGUUCGUUGUCUGCCACUGACAGGCAGGACACACCAGAUCCGUGUGCACCUCCAACAUCUGGGGCAUCCAAUCCAGAAUGACCCUCUAUACGCCAAUCAGCGCGUCUGGGGCAUCAAUCUUGGACAGAACGACAGUGAAGCACUCGAGAACACUGACGAGGACAUCAUGGCGCGGCUGGAGAGGAUGGGAAAGCAAGACGUAGCGGACGCAGUGGCCUAUCACGAUGAAAUGGUGGACCUGUACCAAAAGCGAAGGGCGGAAAAGCUGUCGGGCAAGCUCUGCGAGAUCUGCGACACUCCUCUGUACACCGACCCGGGCCAGCACGAGCUGUCCUUGUGGCUUCACAGUCUCCGGUACGAGGACGCCGGAGGAGCAUGGAGCUAUGUCAGCCCGAUGCCGGACUGGGCCCUUCCUCCGGAGGGCACCAGCGGGCCUACGGAGGUCGGAGGAGUGGAGGAAUUGGUGGAGGUGGUCAAAGAUGAGCCUGAAAUAUGCUGA